CACCUCUACAAAGCAUAGGCAGUAGACCUCUCAUAGAGCUCUUCGGAUUGCAGCAUCCGGCCAACAUGAACGGCCCUAGCAAUUUGAAUCAUUCCAUCACAGCUGCCUGGUCAGUCGCUUCGGUUCCAUCGACCUCUUCCAACCCUAAUCCCGGAUCAUCCACUGCGAAUGUCGCUCAGAAACGGAGGGUAAAACGGACGGUCGGGCUCAACUCUCCAGCGCGAGUUGGAUCCCCAGACCCUUCGGAUCCAGCAGCAGCAAAUGGAGAUUCUAGACCUGCAACGCCUCCUAAUCCUGCUAAAAGGAGGAAACCUCGAAACGAUCUAUCACAAAUCUCAGCCAAAUAUGCACCUCCGGAUCUGAAACUCGCUUCGCUAGGCGGAUUGAGGGAUCAGAUCACUCAGUUGAUGGAGAUCGUCGCCUUACCUCUCAUGCAUCCCGAACUGUACUCUCAGACUGGCAUUUCAAGACCAAGAGGUGUAUUGCUUCACGGUGUCCCUGGAGGAGGAAAGACUCAGCUUGUUCGGUGUCUGGCGGGAGAGCUCGGUCUCCCAUUCAUCAAUGUCUCUGCACCGAGCAUCGUCUCCGGCAUGUCUGGAGAGUCUGAAAAAACGCUGCGUGACAAGUUUGAAGAAGCAAAAACUAUCGCGCCAUGUCUCAUGUUCUUGGACGAAGUGGAUGCCAUCACCCCGAAGCGAGAGACCGCACAAAGAGAGAUGGAGAGACGAAUAGUGGCGCAGCUUCUGACUUGCAUGGAUGAUCUUGCGGCUUCUGUCGAGCCAGUCGUCAUUAUUGGGGCUACGAAUCGCCCGGAUGCUCUAGAUCCGGCGCUUCGGCGUGCGGGUAGAUUCGACCACGAGAUUGAGAUGGGUGUGCCCAGUAUUGAAGGCAGAGAGGAGAUCCUAAGAGUCUUGUGUCGUGAUCUGAGACUCUCAGACGAGACGGAUUUUCGAGACCUCGCCAAGCGGACACCUGGCUACGUCGGUGCUGAUCUUACGGCAUUGGUGACCGAGGCCGGCGUCAUCGCAGUGAAACGUAUCUUUGAGGAAAUUGGAACUGGUCAACUAUCAUUACCAGAGCCAAAUGGAGUGGAAAAUAUGGCGAUUGAUGACGGACCGUUCUCAACACUGCCGUCCGAUUUGCGGGACACUCCCAUCGCUAGGUUUCUAGCGUCGUAUCCAUCACCUUUAACAACCGAGCAAUUAGAAUCUGUAUCUGUCCAGACGAGCGAUUUCGAUUCCGCCCUCAAGAUUGUUCAACCGUCUGCCAAGCGUGAGGGGUUCGCAACCAUACCAGAUGUGACAUGGAACGACAUCGGAGCUCUCGCCACUGUACGUGAUGAGCUACAUAUGGCGAUCGUCCAGCCUAUCCGCCAUCCAGAGCUGUUCAGUGUCGUCGGAAUUGAUGCGCCGAGCGGUGUUCUGCUCUGGGGACCACCCGGAUGUGGAAAAACUCUGCUUGCCAAAGCCGUGGCGAACGAGAGUCGAGCCAACUUUAUCAGUGUCAAAGGUCCAGAAUUGCUCAACAAGUACGUUGGAGAAAGUGAGCGUGCGGUACGACAAGUAUUUGCCCGAGCUCGUGCAUCCUCGCCAUGCGUCAUCUUUUUCGACGAAUUAGACGCGCUCGUUCCUCGUCGAGAUGACUCCAUGUCCGAGUCAUCUGCCCGAGUCGUCAACACCUUGCUCACUGAGCUUGAUGGGCUGGAUGCUCGCAAAGCUGUCUAUGUGAUUGGAGCUACCAAUCGACCAGAUAUGAUAGAUCCAGCCAUGGCUCGGCCCGGAAGACUGGACAAGCUGCUUUACGUGGAUCUGCCGUCACCAGAAGAGCGAUUCGAGAUUCUCAAAACGCACACUACUCGUACACCGAUCGACGACGCAGCCUGGUCAGGUAUUCAGACCAUGCUCCUUGGCGACGGGUGCGAAGGCUAUUCCGGUGCUGAUAUCGCUGCGUUGGUGCGAGAAGCAGCUACAUUGGCUCUUCGAUCAGCUCUCGAGUCUUUCCGCGCCUUCGAGAGCGAUAGGAUGGAUGGUCCGAUCGACACUAGCCACGUACGUGUCGAUGCCGAUCAUUUCGCCAGAGCGGUGAAAAAGACUCUGCCGAGCGUGUCAAAAGAGCAACGUGUAAAGUACGAGCGCAUGAGGGAUAAAUAUGCUGGUAUUCCGACCAAGGGUCGGCGGAUGAGAGAGGAGCGGGAACUGGACGCAGCUGGCCCGAGUCUAGAGCCGUCAGCACCAGCAGCGAGCAUGGUAUGAGAUGAUGUAUCACCAGUCCAAUGUAAUGUUCCAUUUUCCGGAGAGUCUCGGCAUUUCACCUCGUC